CGACCCAUUCCACCAAGCUCUUCUUCUCUCCUCCUCUCUCGGUUUCCGGCCACCAGAGAGCUACCGCCGCCGCCGUCGCCGCCGCUGGGGAAUGGCUAAGGUCCACCCGAAUGCUGCCUCUCCUGCCCUCGAGCUCCCGAGGCCUGCCGUCUCUUGCAGAGGCGGCGCCGCGGGCCGGCAGGAGGCGGCGGUGCUGACGGUGUGGCGGAAGUCGCUGCUAUUCAACUGUAGUGGAUUUACUGUUUUUGAUGCCAAGGGAAGCUUGGUGUUCCGAGUCGAUAACUACGGGUCGGGGAGUAAGGGUGAGGUCCUGCUCAUGGAUGCCGCCGGGAAACCACUCCUCACCAUCCGGCGAAAGAAGCUGAGCCUAGGAGACCACUGGCUGAUCUAUAACGGCGAGGAGACCGUCAACCCCGGGUUCUCCGUCAAGCGGCACGUGAACUUCCUCCAGUCUAAGGCUUUGGCGCACGUGACACCGUGUGGAGCCGGUGCCGGCGGUGCCGGCCACGAGGUCCAGGGCUCGUACUCGCAGAGAAGCUGCGCGGUCUACGACGAGCGGCGGCGGCCGGUGGCCGAGGUCCGCCGGAAGGAGGCCGCCGCCGGAGGGGUGGCGUUCGGCGCCGACGUCUUCCGCCUCGUCGUGCAGCCGGAUCUCGACGUAUCGUUCGCCAUGGCCAUCGUCAUCGUCCUCGAUCAAAUGUUCGGAUCUCGAGGGUAUCGGAUCAAGGGCUAAGAUUGAGAGUGGGAGUUUAGAUUGGGUUGGCCAUUGGGAGGGUCAUGGGAAAGUUUUUCUUUUCUUUCUUUCCUUUCUUUUUUUUUUUCUUUUUUUUCCUUUUUUGCUUGUUCCUUUGGUGUUGGGAGGGCAGCAAGUAUGAUUAUGGGAGCCUUUUACUGUGUCACGGUUUGAUUUUUUAAUGAACCAUGUACCAAUAAAAGGCAAUUCUAUAUGAGUGUAAAUAUUUUUUUUUUCCCAAUGGAAAUAUUAGUAAGAGAAACUGUCCCUAUUUCUUA